GUGUGGAUGCCUAAACUGUCAAACUUGUCUUUGAUUUUUAUUUAUGUUGGUGUCGGCUUGGCGUCACGGUUCAGAUCACGAUGUAGUUUGGGGCCUGUUAGGUCAGAAAGCUGCGCCGCUCGGACACUCUGUGAAAUGGCGUCCAAAACAACACAACACCAGCAAAAGGUGGAUAAGCUGUCACGAAAAACCAAGCAUUUUAGGUUUCAUCUGUGUACUUGGAAUGUCGCUUGGAACGAUCCUACUGAAGACUUCACAGAGGUUUUAUAUCUGAAAGCAAAACCACUGCCAGAUGCAUAUGCUAUUGGGUUACAGGAGGCAGGUCAACCAAACUCUAAUGUGGUGACUCACAUCUGGACCGUGGCACUCACAGACGCUCUGUCACCCAGAGGCUAUGUUCGGGUGAAAAGUAUACGUUUACAAGGCCUUAUGUUGCUGCUUUUUGUACGUGUCACCCAUCUUUUACACCUGACCAACAUAGAAUCUGAGUUCACGCGUACUGGGCUUGCCGGCUUCUGGGGUAACAAGGGUGGUGUGAGUAUCAGAAUGGAUGUGAACGGAAUCAACACCUGUAUAGUGAACUGUCACCUGGCAGCUCAUCAGGAUGAGGUGGGAGAGCGCAUAGAGGAUUUUUAUACCAUUGUUGAAAAUCAGCGCUUCAGAGAUAAAGAUGUAGACUUUAUCCUGGACCAUGACUAUGUGUUCUGGAUUGGAGACCUGAACUUUAGACUGGAUGAUCUCAAGAAUGAGGAGGUCAUGGAGUGCAUUAAGAAGAGAGAAUAUAGCAAACUAUGGCCUUACGAUCAGCUGAAUAAGAGUCGUGAAGAUGGGGUGAUUUUUCUUGACUUUGAUGAGGGCCCUCUUGACUUCCCACCCACAUACAAGUUUGAUCUGGGAACCGAUACCUACGACACUUCAAAAAAAAGUCGUAAGCCUGCUUGGUGUGAUCGCAUCCUGUGGAUGGUUCAUGAAGAUGCCUUUGAAGGUAUUGAGCUGGAAGCAAAGCAGUUGAAUUACACCAGUCACACCUCCUACACCCUGAGUGACCACAAACCUGUUACUGCUCUCUUUGACAUAGUGGUUUUGGCGCAUCCCAGGCCAUCGCCCGUCACCUUUGUACGAACAAGUCGGUGGUACAAGACAUCAGAUAACACAGUAACCUACAGAGUGGAGGCUGGUAUGGCUGUCAGUGGCUGGGAUUGGAUUGGACUCUUCAGGGCUAAUUUCCGUGAUUUUAAAGACUACUCCCUGUAUGUGUGGGCCAUUGCUGGUGAGGGGAAGCCAGAGUACUCGGUGACAUUCAGUAAACCGUCUCUGCUACCCUUGGAAAGUACAGGCUCUGCUACAUCAGCAGUGCAAACGACACGCUGAUGGGCAUGAGUGAAGAAUUUGAGCUUGCAGAGUAAUGAAAUGCUCUCACCACCAUUCUGUGAUAUACCAUCUAAGAACAGGAUAUGCUAUAUAUGGUCAUGGGAACUACAGUCACAGGAUACAUUGUACAUGGUCAUGGGAACUAUAGUCACAGGAUACAUUGUAUAUGGUCAUGGGAACUGCAGUCACAGGAUGCACUGCAUAUGGCCAUGGGAACUAUUCACAGGAUAUAUUGUGUAUGGUCAUGGGAACUACAGUCACAGGAUAUAUUGUGUGGUCAUGGGAACUACAGUCACUGGAUACAUUGUAUGUGGUCAUGGGAACUACAGUCACAGGAUACAUCUUGUGUGGUCAUGGGAACUACAGUCACAGGAUACAUUGUAUAUGGUCAUGGGAACUACAGUCCCAGGAUACAUCUAGUGUGGUCAUGGGAACUACAGUCACAGGAUAUAUUGUGUAUGGUCAUGGGAACUACAGUCACGGAUAUAUUAUGUGUGGUCAUGGAACUACAGUCACAGGAUAUAUUGUGUGUGGUCAUGGGAACUACAGUCACAGGAUACACUGUAUAUGGCCAUGGGAACUACAGUCACAGGAUGCACUGUAUAUGGUCAUGUGAACUACAGUCCCAGGAUACAUCUAGUGUGGUCAUGGGAACUACAGGCACAGGAUACAGUGUAUAUGAUCCUGGGAACUACAGUCACAGGAUACAUCUAGUGUGGUCAUGGGAACUACAGGCACAGGAUACAGUGUAUAUGAUCCUGGGAACUACAGUCACAGGGUAUAUUGUCAUCUGAAAAACAAUCACAGGAUUACAAACACAAGACUUAAGUUGGAAUAAUUUUUGAAAGUUUCAGUCAAAUAUAACCUACUAUAUUUUUCUAUGUGUACAGAACAUUGAUCAGUUUAGAUUUUUAGCUCACUUGUGUGUAUCUGAAUGGAAAAAUGUCGAAAAUCACGUACGUAAUGAUCAGUAAAUCUCUUCAAACUGAAUUGAUUUAUUAUUUGCACUUUAACUUAACGAAAUCUUGAAAAUGUUGGAUAUUGCACUUAUAAUUUUUUUAAGUGUGGUUGAAAAGGUUAAUAUUUUGUUAAAUGGUUGAUAAUUUAUGUAAGCACCUGCAGGGGUUUAUGUUGCAAGAGAAAUGCUCCAAGAAUGUAUUUAUACAAGAUCUGGAAGGUUUAGAGAGACAAAGGUUUAGGUAGACAAAGACUUUUAUUUUACUUUCAGGAAUUUCUGGCAUAAUAACCAAAGCAAUCCAUGGCAGGGUUAAGACAUUGUGUUUUGAGUCAGCAUGUAAUUUAGAUUUUAGCAAGAAACUGUGGUCUUUGCCGGGAAUGGAUGGAAAUAUUUUUAAAAUGGUUCUUGAAUGUGAAUUUUUAAAAAGUGGUAUUGGUGUGCUUUGGACACUGAAAUGGUGUUUGGUUUUUUUAAUGUUUCUCCCAUAUGCAGUGUGGUAUUCCAUCUGUGAUAUUAUUGCACAUAGAGGAAACAUUUAAUCUAUACAUCCUUGGUUGUACUGUUCAAAUUGAUUGCUGUACAUGUAUCUGCAUAUAUUGAACGUUUGGUGGAGGCUAUUUUCUGUUUCUGAAAGUAUUUGGAAAGAAUUGUACUGUGAUUAGUACAUCUGCAGGUAGAAUUUAAAGGGUUGGGUUUAGCAAACUUUAUGACUUUUGUCUCCUUACAGAUGCUGAAGUGUCCCAAAUUUCUGCUCUAACUAACCCUCAGCCUGAAGCCUAAUUUUUUUAUGUAUCCAUGCCAUAAAUUCAAAAUUCCAUUUUGAAAAGGUUAUCAUGUUACGCUGUGUAAUAUCAAUAUUACCGUUUGUAUACUACAUGUAGCCUCUCUGGCUGUAUGUGGAAAAGUCUUGCAGAAACCUUCGGAUAGUUGUGGGUUUCCCAUUUUCUUCCCACCCAAAUGCUGACCCCCCCCCCCCCAUUGUAUAAGAGAUAUAUUCUUGAGUACCAAUGCCCUGCAUUGUAAAGUAGACUGCUUUGAUCAGAGUUGCUCACCAUUAUGCAUUCUAUAUUCUUCAUUAUGAGUCGGUCCUGGUAGAGUUUGCAGGAUUAUAACCUCCGCCUGGUGUGCAGUCAGUUACGCCAGAAAUCAUUUUUCAUCUACAACACGCUCUUGGAUUCGAUUGUGGAAUUAGGCAGAACUUCCCUCCUAUGUUGAGUAUUGUGACAACAUCCAGACACCAUAAACAUGACAAAAACCCAUAGACUUUACCAAUCAUGCUGUGUAUUGUCAUUCUAUGAAUUCAUUUCAUUUCCUCAGGACACUUUCAUGCACAGCAUAAUUUCAGUACUGGCUCAACAAUCCUUUUACAUGCUCAUUACCAAACCAGAAUUUGUGUUUGCAAUUGAUUUGUCAAUUAUAACUUGUUGGUGCAGGCAUGAAUUUGCAGAACCAUCUCCUGUGAUAACGUUGCUCUUGACACUUUCUGUAAAUGCAUGACAUUGCCUGCAUGGCAUUGCCUGCAUGACAUUGCCUGUGUGACAUUGCCUGCAGAGGAAUUCCAGGAAAUUAUCUGAUAUACAGCAAACAGGAAAUUAUUAUUCAGAAUUUUGUGCUGAAGCUCUACAUACUGCACUGUUGUACUGGAAGUUUCUGCACUGUUAGGUUGCAUCUAGUAAGAACAUCUAUUAAAAUGUUGUCUCUUUUGGAGGGAACAGAACUUUUUUGGCAGUGUUACUUUCUACCCCACUUGAGGUUACCAAGGUAACAAAAUGCUAGGAUUUCACAUCCAGCAAGCACGGUUCAAAAAAGUGGUGGUUAUUCUAGGUUGAUUUUUUGAUAUGCUGUAGAGAAAAG